CUCGUCAAGGAAGUGCCUAUUAAAAUUGAGUACCUUCUCAUAGAGUAUGAGAUUUCGGACGCAGCCAAUGACUUUUAUUUUGGUUUGGUGAUGUGACGUCAUAAGGCUGCGCCGCGCUCCCGCGUCUGUGGCUCUGCUGAAGAAAGAUUUAUGUAACACUAUUAUAAAGAUGGCAUUUAUUAAAGUGGAGAGUGAAGACAUGAAGAUUGAAGAAACAUUCAGAGUCAAUCAUGAAGAUACCGAGGAACAAAUAAAGAUGGUGUUUAUUAAAGAGGAGAGUGAAGACAUGAAGAUUGAAGAAACAUUCAAAGUCAUACAUGAAGAUACUGAGGAACAAACAGACCUGAUGACACUGAAAGAGGAGAGUCAAGAACUCAUUGAAAAAGAAGAUAAUGUUCAGCAUGAGAAAUAUUAUUUCAUGACUGGAGAAAAAUCAUUUAGUUGCACACAGACUGAAAAGACUUCACAAAAAAGAGCUUUCACCUGCCAACAGUGUGGGAAAAGUUUCACCAGAAAAGAAAAUCUUGAAGUCCACAUGAGAGUUCACACUGGAGAAAAGCCUUUCACCUGCCAACUGUGUGGAAAGAGUUUCAUUAAUAAAACAACCCUUAAAAACCACACGAGAAUUCAUACUGGAGAGAAACCUUACACAUGCUCUCACUGUGGAAAAAGUUUUACAUAUAAACACUGCCUCGAUGACCACAAGAUAAUUCAUACUGGAGAGAAACCUUUCACCUGCCAACAAUGUGGAAAGAGUUACACUCACAAAAGAAACCUUAGAGACCAUGUGAGAACUCAUACUGGAGAGAAGCCUUACACAUGCUCUCAAUGUGGAAAAAGUUUUAAUCAUAAACAACACCUCGAUGACCACAAGAUAAUUCACAGUGGAAAGAAACCUUUCACCUGCCAACAAUGUGGAAAGAGUUUUACACAAAAACAACACCUCGUUAACCACAUGAAAAUUCAUACUGGAGAGAAACCUUUUACCUGCCAACAAUGUGGAAAGAGUUUCAUUCAAAACGGAAACCUUAACAGACACAUGAACAUUCACACUGGAGAGAAGCCAUGAUUUUUUAAUACACCGGAGUGAUUAUUGUUCAGCUUGUAACAGUUUUACAGUUACAUUGGUCCCAUUAGCUUUCUAUACAUGCAAUAUUUAAUCCUGUCACUAGGGGCACUCUAGCCAGUGAGAUGCCUGGUAACAUAAAAAGAAUAAGAGAACAAGUAUGAAGUAGGAAGGAUGUGUUAACCACAUGGCAAAACUUUCUCAACAAUGCUUUCUUGUAUUUUUGGCCCUGAUUUGGGGAACCUGAGGUUCUUAAACUCAAAUGUAAGUACUUCUGUUAGUACUUUGUUUGUAUAUAUGAUGUUAGGGAAUGUUUUUGUAAAUAAGAUGGGUAAAUGUGUUAAUGGCGUCACUAAGUUGAUUUGUUUGUUUGAUGCAGAGGGUUCAACGUGCAGGCAUUUGGAGGCAGCUCGAUUAUAACUAGGACCUUGAUCAAAAAGGGGAU